AAGUAGAUAGGAGGGCUCGGUACAAGACCUUUGAAUUAAUGUCACAAUCCUGAUUUCAUGUCGGUCACUGAGCUCUCUGCCCGAAGAGGGUCGGCGAGUAAUGGGAAGGAUCGAUUCGAGUGGGUGCACGCGAUCGGCUAUGGGGUUUUCGUGUCGACUGGUGAGGGAAGCCGGAUUGAUUGUAUGGCAUGAUCUUGGGAGACACGGGCGGUCGAGGAGGCGGUCUUAAUUCUCGUAGAGCAGGGACAGUUCGGCGACGGUCCUCGAUUUUUCGCUGCGUCUGGGUUUCCCAAUUCGUCCGGAUGGGCUCGACGAGUUCGGCCGCCCUUUUGCACUUUUGUCUCCUUUGUCGGGUCCAAAGAUGGAAAUUGAGGAUGCUGUUGACUUGCUGUUGAUAUUCGUCUGCUUCUUCUCAAGGCUUCGUCGGCUCCGUAGCUCCGACGGCUCCAGCAUCAUCGUCGAGUGAACGAUGAGGCGUACGAGAUCUGACCUCCAAUUCCGUGUCCACGGCCGUCACCACAUCGGACCUGUCGAUGUCCCCGUGCCAAAGGGAGCUUCCCCAUCUGUCUCUGUAAAUGAACGUCCACGUCUCGGAUCGACUGGCUCCGUGAUCUGUCUCUGUUUUGCCUGUCUUUGUCAAUCGUGUUCGACCGCUUUCUGCCUGGAGUGGCUAAGACGCCAGAUGUGACCAUUUGGAACUCUGUAAGCUUCUACGCGAGGGGAUGCAAAUUCCGACACUCCAUCUUCGACGACGUGUCCUGACUGUUGUGAAGUCUGUCAAAGUGAUGGAUUGGGGGAAAUUUUGGCAGUAAAUUUUGAGAAAUUUACUGUUGAAUUGGCAAGAAAUAGUCUCUAGGUAUACAUCCUCUGGCCUAAACCUUAAUUCUAAUACCAAAUUCAGGUCUGAAUCCAAGACUCACACCCGACUCUGCUUGCAGGGCCUCCACGCAUCAGUGCCACCCUGGCUCUGAGGACUGAGAGCUUGAGCACUCCUUCCCGUGAUUGAAUCCUACUCUAGCAAUGAGGUUGCCGACAGCGUCGCCUCCUAUCUUAUCACAUCCGAGGUCAAACCGUCUCCACAAGGAGGCAUGUUUGUUCUCCAUUCCUCUACAGAAUUUUGUCCCCCGUGUCUGAGUCUCCUGUAGCCUUAUGCACGAGAAAUGCUGGUCCAGACUCUGUUUGGCCCUUCUCUCGCUGACACUCUCACUCUCAGUUCUCGUUGUUGGAGAAUUUCUGUCAACUCCGGUGAUUUGCUCGGUGAACUCAAGACACGAGAAGGAAGAGACCUAAGCUUAGUAGGAAGGCCAGUCGAAGGUCGUUAGUAUUUGCAGCUUUUGCUGUCAAUGCGACUGAGCAGAUAUCUCAGUGGUCAACAUGAAGACUCUAUGAACUUCAGAACACUCCAUGCGAUGCUUUGUCACGAUUCAGUGCAUGACUUACGAAAAUUAGUAAGCGUUUGUUGUGUCACACAGCCAGAGUUCCGUCUCAGAGCAUGUAAAUGACGAUGGUGAUGGAGCGAACUUUGCGCCAAUAGCCCGCCCGAAUCUGUACUCAGGAAAGUACCACCUGUUUCCGGGGAGGAAAAUUGUUCCAAUGUGUGAACUUUUGAAAAGCCCAGCCCAGUAAAAUAUUGGGUUACAUCUGUGACCGUAGGAGCUUUUUCAAAUCCAAUUCCGAGAGAUCAAAAGAACUUGUGAUCAUAUCCAGGUUGAUACUUCACACGAGGAUCCGGUGUUUCGCAAGUGUCUUUACUGAAAAUAAUGUCAGUGAAGGCCCACGCUCCAGAAUAUCGGGGACCUAGAGGUCAGGGCCGAGUCUCUCUUGACAAGAGCUUGGAUCUAGUCCGCAGUCAUGCUUUCCUGAGCAUAUGGUGGAAAAGCGAGGCAGAGAAAUGCAAACCUCUCUGAGAACUAACGAACGAAAUUCUAUUGUGGACCUACUAAACAAGGACUGUCGGGAAACCAUGAAACUCUGUGAAAAGAGAAGUAAGAAUCCCUGAGAGGACAGUCAGAACUGAUGAGGAAUGCACGGUCUAUAUAUUGUCCAGUCUCAGUGUACACAAAUUCUUGUCGUCUCGAGACAUUCAUCGCAAUCAUUCCCUGCUAAGCAGCCUGACGAUCAUGCCUUGUUGAUGUCGGCAGCCAUGCGACGAGGAGACCUGAAUCCGUUCUAAAUUUCCGAUUUUGAUGCCCAGCGCGCUGAACACGAAGGUGUUGGACCAAAAAGGUUCCUCAUUGUCACCUGCACUUCCAACAUGUCUGCCUAUCCAGAUGGAAGAGAAACCGUGCACGAGAAGACGCGUAGUCGCUUAACACUUACAAUAGAGUCUUUUCCUCGGGCAUCUAAAGUCUUUCCGGUCGGCAGAUUGUCUCUUGUUCUCCAGGUUCAAGGGUGAAUCCCUUUGGGAUUACAAGUCCUCAAACCUCAGAUUCUCUCCAUGGCUGUUCUAAAUGCUGCCGAAGGAUUAUGAGUCUUCCUCAAUAUGUGAGGAGCCAUGCUAUGAGGAACCUCGAAGUCGCGAUCAAGCUCUGAACCUCUUGCAGUGUGAAUUCACGACCGAGUCCUCGUCUAGAAGCAUGUUCCGAUCUUAUCUACACUCAAAGGACUUAUCGUCCAUCCUCCGCGUACAGAGUGACCUCGACCGUCGAGGACAGAAAGGUUGUGAUUGUUGGGACUAAAGGCGUCGCUGCUGCCAACGAGCAAGGAAAUUCUGCUGGGCCUACAGGUGCCCAAGCAUGCGAAAUUGUAUUCUUAGGCUAACAGGUAGGUCUUUUGGAUUAUCCAUAACCCUGAAAUGCAGACUGUGCCGCAUGCU